AUGCAACCAACGGGUAUUAUCGCUCUUUAUUCAGAUGAAGAGAAGGCUGACUUCACGGCCUUUGAAGAGAAGGGAUUGAAGCCAUCCGAAAUUCCACUCGCGGUGAUGCGCGUUGAGGGAAACUCGCCGACGCCGGAUCAGCACUCAGUUUUUAACGCAUUCUUUGCGGACAAUGCCCACGGCCUGAUUAUGGCCAGUCCCCAUCCCGACACAUUGUCCACAAUUGCGGUUCUUUAUCUCGGACUGAUGAUCGAAAACGGCGUGGUUAAAGAGGUGACAGGUAAUGUCACAUACAACGUCUUGGAAAGCAUUUUGCCCGCCGUUCAACGCUCGGACCAGGAGCUCAGAAAGGCGAUUCGUGCCGUGCUUGAGGAAGCAGGUCCCGGUCUGCUGCAAAAACCUGGAAAUGCAACAUCUCCAAGUCCACACGGGCAAGCAGCGGAAACGAAAGCGCCACUCGCGCAAGGACCCGGAGAGGCGGCAGCAACAGACGCGCCAGGACCUGGAGACAAAAAGGUGGCAGCAGCACGCAGGCAAGCGCCUGGAGAGUGGCAAGCAUCCGGACAGCCAAAGGCUGAAGACGACCGGCAAGGAGCUAUGCGGCCGUAA